UCAAGUUCUCCUUACCUGACUCGCCUCGAAACUUCAAAUUAACACCCCCAUGAUUUCAGUGGACGGAUUACUCCAAAACUUUCCAGCAGAGCUAAGAUGAAUCAAGGAGUUUGAAAGUUGAAACGGGAAAUGUCCAAAAAAAAAAUGGCCAAAAGUUUCAGAGUCAACAGCACGUUUGCGAAGACCCCCUGGCGUUAAACAACAGUGGGGAUCGAUGAGGGGGGGUUUUUCCUUUCUUUUUCGUCCAAAUCGCCGGUUUCGCGUUUCUUGACUUGACCGAUAUUGCUAUCUUUUUUCUUUAAGCAUUAAAAAGGUUGUCAGAUGAAUCCGAGAGCGCCAUUUGAAAGGCGAGCGGAGUGAUUCGUGGCUGCUUCUCCAGGAAAAAGGAAGAAAACCAUCACGAGAGAGAUAAAAAGGAGAAUUUUUUUAGGAAAAACACGCAAGAAUUUCUCCAGAAACGCGAACCCAAUCGGGGGAAAAGAGCGAAAGUCGAGUUCUUUCUCUGUAAGUACCUCCUCUUGGCAGUUCUUUGCAGUUCUCUCACUCGUUUUUCAAUCUGGGUCGUGCUGUCGCUCGUUGGUUUUUCACGGUUUUUGUUCGGGUCGAUUAGUGGGUUGCUGUUGCUCGCUCUUGGGGGUUGCCUUUUGGUGGCUGGAACGCGAGGGGGACAGCGAAUGUUGGUGAAUAUGCUCUGGUGCUCUCUCAUUCUGAGCCAAGAUCAGAGAACAAAAUGAGGGUUUUCUAGAGCUGAGCAUCGGAAGGUCGUUCCAUGUCCUUCGAUUGGAGCGGCUAUUGCAUUCUCAUUGGGUUUUAAGAAUAGGGUCGGAAGAAGUUUGGGAUUUUAGGUGCUUCGAGUUCGGAGGGAGGACAGAUGAUGGUGAAAUUCAGCAUCAGGGCAUGGACUUGAAGAAGGGUUUUUUAUGGUCUUCUUCUUCCUCUUCUUCUGCUGAUGGAGAUUAUUCGUAGCUGUUGCACAGUAUGAUCUGCGUCCUUUUUCUUGUUCGAAUUGGUAGCUGAAUCUUUGUGUUUGUUGCUUAAGUGGGUGUGUAAUAUGUUGUGGGGGAAUCUGAUUUGCUAAGGAGGGGCUUUGCCAUCUCUUGGGAACUGAUAUCGCUUUUCUCCGGGGAAGAGGCUACGCCUAGUGCAUUGUAUGAAUAAUGUUCAAACAGUUUCUAAGCAAGCUUCCACGUAAAUCGUCAAAAUCAGCUGACAGUCGUGAUAAUGGUGGAGGGUCUAAUCCAUAUGCCAAUGCUUCGAUCAAUUCGAGAAGUGGUGAGCUAGGAAGUGCUAAGUCUGGGGCUCUGAACCCGACGUCAAGCUCUGCUCCUAACCAUGUUUCAGAUAAGGGGUCUAAUCAUGGCAACAAGACUUCACGGAACUCAAAUGUCCAACUUAAUGGGUAUAUGGUGUCUUCUGCUUAUGAAGCAUUGCCUGGAUUUAAAGAUGUAUCGAGUUCUGAGAAGCAGCACUUAUUAAUAAGGAAGCUGAAUCUGAGUUGCGUUAUAUUUGAUUUCACUGACCCAACAAAGAACCUUAGGGAGAAGGAAAUCAAGCGGCAGACGCUAUUAGAGCUGGUAGACUAUGUAACUUCUGUUAAUGCGAAGUUCACUGAAACAGUAAUGCAGGAAGCCACAAAGAUGGUAUCCAUCAACUUAUUUAGGGCACUAACUCCUCAACCACGUGAGAACAAAGCCACCGAAGCCUUUGAUCUGGAGGAAGAGGAACCUUUGAUGGAUCCUGCAUGGCCCCACUUGCAGCUUGUUUACGAGUUCUUCUUCAGGUUUGUUGCAUCAUCAGAGACGGACGCUAAAUUGGCCAAAAGAUACAUUGAUCACUCUUUCAUCCUCAAAUUGUUAGACCUGUUUGACUCAGAAGAUCCCAGAGAAAGGGAAUACUUAAAAACUAUUUUGCACCGUAUCUACGGGAAAUUUAUGGUUCAUCGCCCAUUCAUUAGGAAAGUCAUCAACAACAUAUUUUACCGGUUUAUUUUCGAGACUGAGAAGCAUAAUGGCAUUGCCGAACUUCUAGAGAUUCUCGGUAGCAUUAUAAAUGGGUUUGCUCUGCCACUGAAAGAAGAACAUAAACUUUUUCUUGUGAGAGCACUGAUUCCCCUGCAUAAGCCAAAGUGCUUGGCUAUGUAUCAUCAACAGUUAUCCUACUGCAUUACUCAGUUUGUGGAGAAGGAUAGCAAACUUGCUGAUACCGUCAUCAGGGGUCUUCUUAAGUACUGGCCGGUUACAAAUAGUUCAAAAGAAGUGAUGUUCUUAAGUGAGUUGGAGGAAGUUUUAGAAGCAACUCAGCCACCAGAGUUUCAACGAUGCAUGGUGCCCUUGUUUCGACAAAUUGCUCGAUGCCUGAGCAGUUCACAUUUUCAGGUGGCUGAACGAGCACUGUUUUUCUGGAACAAUGACCACAUCGAGAAUCUAAUCAAGCAAAAUCGCAGUGUAAUAUUGCCAAUGAUCUUCCCUGCCCUUGAGAAAAAUGCCAGGAACCACUGGAACCAGGCUGUUCAAAGCUUGACCCUGAAUGUCCGUAAAUUGUUUUAUGAUCUUGACCCCGAACUGUUCAAAGAAUGCCUGACCAAGUUCCAGGAGGACGAGGCAAAGGAAGAAGAUGUCCAAGUGAGACGCGAGACCACAUGGAAACGCUUGGAAGAACUCGCUGCGAAGAAAGCCACGAGCAACGAGGCAGUGCUUGUUGUCGCGAAAACAUUGUCUCGAAUGGCUUCAGGUUAGCAAGAACAAACACUUAUCUCUCUGCUGUUGGUUCUAGCGGCUUCGUUUAUUUUGGCUAGUGGGGUUCACUGUAGGAUUCGGAAAUUGGUUGAUGUUCAUGGAAUGCCACUGUAUACUAUCUUCAUUGGAGGGAGUAUUCUGUAAUGUAGCGAAGGAUGAUGACUUGACAUUGGUCGAAGGCCAAAAACAUUUACUGUAAUCGAUCCGCCCUGCUUUUUUGUUUCCCCUAUAUUCUGCACGAGCUUUUUGCUUACGGUUUCAGAUCA